GAUCCACCCUCGUGCGCUGUGAGGCUGUGAGGAUCAAGAGAGGAGCGUCGAUUGUAUCCCGGCUGGUCGAUGCACUGGUCGGUUUCGUAUCAUCAUCAAGUAGAUGCCAUCACUCCUGUUUUCACUCAUGCAGAGCGUUAAAUAGGAGGCCAUGCGGGGCCCGCUCAUUCGCUCAAGUAAAAAUGCCGGUAACUUCAACACCAGGACUCAAUGGUAGCCUCGGGGCUUUACUGCUAGGAAAUCUCGGAACAGCCAUCCUCUACGGAGUCACUAGCGCACAGACGCAGGUAUACCACAAGCAUAGCGGAAAGGAUUCGUUGCUAUUAAGGUGCUCUGUCAGCUUCCUCUGGGCCCUCAGCGGGCUACACCUAGCUUUGAUCACAGCUGCUGUGUACAACGCUGCAGUGACGGACUAUUCACAAGCGGAAGAGAUAAUGGUCCCAUCCUGGAGUCUCAAGUCGCACGUAGCAGUAGCAGGAUUGAUCAACAUCCUAGUGCGAGGAUUGUUUUGUCACCGCAUGUGGAAUUUGAGCAGAGGAAACCGACUCCUCACUGUCACAAUUGGCACGGCCGCCUGCGUGGCAUUUGCGGGCAGUUUAGCUUUCUCCGUCAAAUCGUUCUACUCUGCAGGCGACGUUUUCCACCUAACGGGGCUGUCGUGGAUACUCUAUACGAGUCUCUGCACGGGAGUGUCAGCAGAUAUUGUCACCGCCGUAUCGCUUUGCAUUCUGCUGACAAGAUACAAAACGGGAUUCCCGAGCACACGAGGGAUGGUUCGUUCCAUAAUCAUCUACGGCAUAAACUGCGGAUUGUUGACGAGCUGCUGUGAGGUAUCAUGUAUCGUCUUGUACGCAACGUUGCCCAAGAAUCUAUCCUUCGUAGCAUUAUUCUUUGUCCUCCCGGAAUUGCUCCUCAAUGCGCUACUGGCCACUUUGAACGCGAGGGUGGACCUCCGCAGAAGAGCGGAGACGAGCGGCCUCCUGCCAUCCUCUCGAAAUACAUCUCCUCGUCAUUCUGUGAUAAGCGGCAAGACUCAAAUCACGUUGAGUGCUACUCAGUUCAGCGUGUCCCAGCCUACUUAUACCGAGUGCAAGACGCCGCUUACUGCGCAUACACCCAACCUUCCUCAGGUGCCGAUAAAAGGCCGUCUCUCCGCAGCAAACAAGUGCUACUCUCAAGGCACGGAGAGCAUCGCUGGAAAUCCGUGGAAUCCGUUCCACCCUCGGCCACGGGAGUCAAUAUUGUGAGCGCUCGGCACUCAGUACUCGACUAUCAUGUUUGUGGGUUCACCAAGAUUUGUUCUGUAUUGAUAGUCUUUUCUCGGAUGCAUGACACCUCGGGAUUUUCGGCCCCAUCUUUCGUUUGUCUCAGUCUGUAGCUGUAUUUUACUAUAUUCGGGUCUAUCUGUGUAUUCGACUUCCAAGUUCCAG